UGUCCUGCAGGCCGAACGAGGAGCCGCGGCUGCUGCCCUGGUCGGAGGCGCUGCAGGAGGCGGGCGUUCCGCAGGCUGCUGCGUGGCCGGACAUGCUUCUUUCCACCUCGGGUCCUCUGGUCCUCGUGACAGACGUCGUCCAUGGCCCCACCAUCACACUCUGCUGUCCGCCGGGGCUCCGAAACCUCCUUAACGGCGGUGUCGUGCGAUUGGGCGCGCGCAUGGCCGGCGGCCGCAGCGCCCUGGGCCCGGUUGUCCUGUUCCCCGGCGUCGCGGUGUCACCCGCCACCGCCACCGCUGAGGCUGGAGCAGCAGCAGCUGCUGAGGCUGCGGCGGUGGCGGCUGCCGACCAGCCCGGCAGUCUCACGCCAGCAGAAGCACCCGCCGCCACCCUGCGCACAGCCCCUAGCCUGCCGACGGCGGUGCCGGUGACACCUCGUAACGAGACCGCUCCAGACCUGCCGGCCCGCAUCGCUCAGGCGACUGCCUUUGCGUUGGGGCUGCUGUGCGCAUCGUUACAUGCGGAUGCUCGGAGCGCGAGCCCUAGCCCUGCUGCGCAUGCUGCCGUGCAUGCAGAGCCGGGGAGCAAUGCUAUCCCGGUGUCACCACAUGGCAUGCAGCGGCAGCAUCCACACCGGCCUUCACCGCACCAGCAGAACCACCAACAGCAGCAGCAGCAGCUGUCACGGUCGCCGCGGGCGGUCCUGUCCACCUCACCCCUGUCAGCGCUGUCACCUCGAGGCACCGCAAGCCCCAUGCAGGCGGCCCGGGUGGCCCGCGAGGAGUUCAGAGCGCGCUCGCCGCCCUGCCCUUUCCGCUUCGCUGUCGUGGACGAGGAGGACGAGGAGGAUGCAGACGCGGAGGAGGAUGACGAGGUCUCCGCGCGGGAGGACUCCGAAGACGCGGCGUGCAAGGGAGGCUACCGCUGGAGCCGCGGCCCAGGCUCAAGCGGAGCAGCGUCCUCUGCAGAGGCGGCCCUGGAGCCGGGACACGCUCCCAAUGUGCUGUCCGGCGCACCCGCCGGCGCCGCUGCGAAUGCUGCUGCUGGUCCUGCUGCUGCAGCGGGCAGCCCCCUGCCCCCCAACAGCAAGGUGCUCUGGUCCCGCUCCUUCAGCCUUGAGGCGCCCCGCGGAGGACUGCUGCACAGCUGCUUCCUGCUGGCACCCGAGUUGUCUGCGCAGCUGCUGGUGCAGCUCUCCGCCAUGCCCGGAGGAGCCGCCGCCGUCGCCUGCGCCUCUGCCUCCGCGUCUCCGGCAGAGAAGAAGUCGCUGCUGGCAUCGCUAGCCUCCUCGCCGCUGACGCCGCCGUUAGCGCAGAGGCUCAAGCAAGAAGCCGCCAGGGAGGCUUCCGGGUCUGUGGCUGUGCCGGAGGAAGGCGCAGCGGCCCAGGCGGAUACGCUGGCGGCCCAUACGAGCCUUGCUGUGGCUCUGAGUGCUUACCUGGGUCCCUCGAGGCUCAGCAGCAUGCGGCGCGGCAGCUUGCAACGACAUGGGGUCGGCAGCAGCGGCGGUGGCGGCGGCGGCGGUGGUGACGCUCACGAGGUGCCCGCCGCUACAGCUGUUGGCGCCUCGGAGCUAGCAGCAGCAGCAGAAACGGGUGCAGAGGCGGGUGUGGGCCCUGCAGAGGGAACGGAGCGCGGUGCCCAUAAGCCGGAAGGUGGUGUUGAAGAAGCCGUCGUGGGAGGAUCUAGACCCAUGGGUCGCCACGAGGCCGAUGUUCCAGUUGCCACAUCCGGAGCAACAGCGGCUGCAGAGCGGGUGGAGGAGGG